CAGUGCGGUCGUGGCUGCCAAUCGUAUCCUACCAAAAUGGCGGCUAGAACAGGUGACAGGUCGAAAUGGAGACGAAGAAAAUGCUCCAAAAGUCCUACAGAAGACGACAAUGAUUGUGCGAGCCUUGCAUGGCUGUUGAACUUCAGAUUGGACGAUUUCGUGAACAUCAAAGUGCCAGAUGAUGAGCCUGUUGUGAAAGAGCCGAAGGUGGAUAUUCCUGAUACACCGCCCGCGCUGAAGAAACCUCCGUACACAUACCCAGAGCUGAUAGAAAAAGCUUUGCGAGAGAAUGGAGAGUUGACGGUUUCCGCUAUAUAUCAAUGGAUCUCGGACCGCUUCCCCUUCUACAAAGCCAACGAUGAACGCUGGAAGAACUCAGUAAGACACAACUUAUCCAUCAACCCUCACUUUCGGAAGGGUGCCAGAGCUCCACAAGGCGCUGGCCAUCUCUGGUCUUUGGCUGCCAAUGCGAUAGACCUGCUGCCACUUAGGAACCACAUGCUUGAAGAGAAGAAGACUGCUGAUGUUAUCGAAAAGACCAGGAUUUAUGGGUUCCCUAAGGUGAUCGUGUUGGAUGAAGCGGCGAUCGCAGCUGCCAGCAUCAUACCGGACCAAGACUUAUUUACAGGUAGCACAAUGUUCCUAAACCCUGUGUCGACGGAGCAAGUGGUGAGGGAAAGUGGGCUCAUCACGGUGGAUUAGACGAUAACGUUUGUGUCAAUUUAAUAUUAUAAUAAUAUAACACAAGACUCGUUUUGUUGGGUAUCAUGUUGGAACAAAGUAAUUAUGCAUCUUUUCGUCAUCGAUCUACAUGACAGCACUUCUAUCCCCAUCAUAUACAUUGAUAGUUGGCAGGCCACAAAUGUACGUUUCACUCGAAAUUUUCUGCCUCGCACAGCAAAACUGUGGAAUGACCCGAGCUGUGGUAUUUCCGGACCGAUACGAGAUUCAAACCUUUAAAAAAAGAACAUAUUACUUUUAAAAAGGCCGACAACGCAUCUGUAACUCCUCUGGUGUUGCGGGUGACCAUGAGCAGCGCUGAUCAUUUACCGUUAGCCUCUAUAAAAAUUCAUAAAAAAUAUUCUAAAUUGAAAGAAAAAUUAAGAUUGGUUCGCUUGAAAACGUCCUUGACUUUGCCACAGUCGCAAGGUUUUGUAGGUGACUUAGUCAAUGCUGUUAUGUCACCAACAAUUUUAAGUAGCACGUUUGAAAGUUUUUGUUUUGUGGUAAGCUAGAAAGCGUACAUAUUAUACCGUUUAUUAAUUUCUUGUUUAUUUACUAGUGCAUAAUAUGAUGGUGCAGUUUUACUUUGUGGUAUUUCAGAUAUAGGCUAGCUAGCUAAAGUUACGAUAGAACCCAGUCUUUCCUAUAUCUAGCAUAAAUAAAAGACGUGUCUCCAAAUUGUUUUCCUGAUUCAGUUUGCGAUCGCCAUGAUAGAAUCGGUGAACAAUAUUCAGAUACAAUAUGAUACCAACAAGACGAGUCAAAAAAUUGUUAAAUAUAAAUUAGUAAUUAUUAUACAAUGGAAUGCGUUAGAGUAAUUCGGCGAUCUCAUACAGCUAGUGCGUAUCGUAAGGCUAUGUAUUUGAUAGUAAUUGG